CAUCUGUCGUGGGAAAGCAAACAGUUUGACGAUAAAAGAUCAGUGAGAUUAUAUUCAUUCACCAGAUUGUAAGCACAACGUAUUAUUGAACUACUCAAAAUUAAAACUAAAAAUGCCAAGAAAACGUAAUUUGGAAACAGCAACGAAAACGCCUCAAGACGAACAGAAGUCUGUCCAAGAUAAAGAGAAUGAAGAAAAUCCUCCCAAAAGACGAAGCACUAGAAGUACACGCAAUACUAGAUCCAUGGUCGAGGAUGGUGGGGCAGUGGCUUCUCCAGAGAAAAAGAAAAAGCCUUUGGCUUUUGUUAAAUAUCGCGGUGCGAUUAAAUAUUUUACCAAUGGCAAUGAAAUAGCCGAGGCCUCAGAUAGUCUAAUGCAAUUUGUGGAGAAACAACCUGGCGAUGAUUUGGUACCCAUUUCAUUCGAUAUGGAAUGGCCAUUUUCCUUUCAAACUGGUCCCGGCAAAUCGGCCGUAAUUCAAAUGUGUGCCGACGAAAAGUGUUGCUAUGUCUUCCAGUUAACAAAUCUUAAAAAAUUGCCUGCGGCCUUAGUGGCAUUGCUAAAGCAUAAGCGGGUGAGACUGCAUGGAGUAAAUGUGAAAAAUGAUUUCCGAAAAUUAGGUCGAGAUUUUCCCGAAGUCAAUUCUGAUGAUCUAAUUGUAAAUGGACAAGAUUUGGGAACAUGGUGCAAUGAAGUUUGUGAAACUGGUGGAAGAUGGAGCUUAGAUCGCUUGGCAGAUUAUUUGCUAGAUAAAGCGAUCGAUAAAAACAAGAAGGUCCGCAUGAGUAAGUGGCAUGUUAUACCGCUGGAUGAAAAUCAACUUAUGUACGCAGCUGUAGAUGUCUAUAUUGGACAACUUAUGUAUCGUGAAUUGGAACGAAGAGCGAAAAUCAAACACGAAAACGAGACGAAAUUCAUCGAGAAGAAUGGUGAAGAGGCCUUUAAAGCUGUUAAAGCUUUGGGGGAAAAUUUCAUCAAUGAGAAAUCAGAUGAGUUGGCGAUUUAGCAUGCCAACUUGAUCCAACCUUUGUUAUACCUCACUACAGAAAAAAUUUGGCUACGUUGUUUCUUCUAUUUGUUUAUAAGUGUCGACAUAAUGUUACGAGUUACCAUUUCCCCCAUUGAGCAUUGGAUUAAGCAAAACGCAUUUUUUUAACCUAUACAAGUACAAAGUGACUAAAAUAAAAUGUUUAUUCAUUGAUUUUCGAA